AUGAAGCAUCAGAAAAUUCAUACUGGAGAUGGCACCUGUAAAUGCAUCGAAUGUGGGAGAAUCUUAAGUAGCCAGCUCCGCCUUAUUGAACACUGCAGAAUUCAUACUGGUGAGAAACCUUUUCAGUGUAGUGAAUGUGGGAAAGGCUUAAGCAGCAGGUCAAGUCUUCUUCAGCAUUAUAGGAUUCAUUCAGAUACCAUACUGGAGAGAAACCUUAUAUUUGCAAGGAAUGUAAAAAAGCCUUCAGCCGCCAUUCAGUCCUUAUUCGACAUCAACGAUCCUCACACUGGAGUGAAACCAUUUAAAUGUGAUGAAUGUGGAAAUACUUUCACUCGAAGAUCGGUUCUUAAUGAACAUCUAAGAAUACAUUCUGGAGUAAAGCCAUAUGAAUGUAAUGAGUGUGGGAAAACCUUUACUCGAAACUCUACCCUUAAUGAACACCAGAGAAUCCACACUGGGGAGAAACCUUAUGAAUGUAAUGCAUGUGGGAAAACCUUCAGAUGUGGUUCAUACCUUACUAUACACCAGAGAAUUCACACGGAGGAGAAUCCAUAUGCAUGUAAUGUAUGUGGGAAAAACUUUAGUCUGAGCUCCACCCUUAUUCGACAUCAGAGAAUUCAUACUAGAGAGCAGCCCACUAGGCUCUAA